CCCAUCGCAUCUAAAUCCAUUAGAGUUUUGAAUUUCUCAUCAAAUACUCGUAGACUCUGAACUAAAUCAGAUCUAUAUACUCUACAAACAUGGUUCUCAUAUACUUGGGUAAGAAGAUCUACCGGUCGAUUAAGGGUCCAGCAAAAACACUCCGACCAACAGCGGCCGAGGCAAAAGUGUCGGCGACCGGCGUAACAGUAGAAGAAGAAGCAGCCUACCAAGACAAGAACUGCCAAGCGACAUCGGCCGUGACGAAGAGCGCGAAAACCUGCGGCCAUCACUUUGACUCGACAUCCGGGCCUUGUCCAAAAUGCAAGUCGACCCGGCGAGCGCAGCUGCAAUACAGGUGCAAGGUCUUUGCCGGCUUGCUUCUCCCCUUUGUUGUCCAGGCUCUGGAUGUCACCAUUAUCGCAAGCGCGCUGCCCUGGAUUGCGUCCGACUUCCACGAGACCGGCCAGCUCAACUGGAUCAUCGCGGCCUUCAACCUCACGUCCGCGGCCUUCAUCCCCUUCUGGGGCCAGAUGGCGGACAUCUUCGGGCGUCAUACCUCGAUGCAGGCUUGCCUGGUGUUGCUGCUCGUGGGCAGCGCUCUCUGCACCGGCGCGCCCGUAGCCGCCUUCCCCGUUCUACUUCUAGGUCGCGCAUUCCAAGGCCUGGCUUGCGCCGGGCUGAACGUUCUAGUUCGUAUCAUCGUCGCCGAUAAGGUUUCGCUACGCGAGAAUGCCAAAAACUGGUCCGUCUUCUCGUUACUGGGCGGUGUCUUGGGAUGGGGACUCGGCCCGGUUCUAGGAGGCUACAUCACCAGCGGCUCAUCCUGGAGGUGGUGCUUUGGCAUCAACCUGCCUAUCGCGUUCGCCAGCAUGCUCGUCAUAUACUUCGUCCUCCGGUCCGAACUCCUGGGCCCGCAGCCGAUCCCCCAGCUCGACGAGACGACAGACACCGGCCGACGGACGACGUUAAGAAAGCGUCUCCAGACGAUCGAUGUUGGCGGGCAAGUACUGUUCCUAUUCGGCCUCGGUCUGCUGAUCCUUGGCUUGACGUGGGCCGGCGCAACAUACUCCUGGAAGAGCCCGGCCGUACUAGUGACGCUCAUUCUUGGAGUCCUGAUCAGUGCCCUUUUCGUCCUCUGGGAGUACCACAUGACCCCCGCUAAGGCCCUGGCUCGCCGGUUCCCGUGGCAAAAAGCCAUGAUCCCCUGGGAGCUGGCCCGAAACAGAGACAUCGGGCUCCUCUUUUACACCUCGUUCGCCACGGGAAUGGCCAUGUACUCGGUUCUGUACUUCUGCAACAUAUACUUCACCAUGGUGAAGCUUUGGUCGGCAGAUCGGGCUGGUGUGCAGCUGCUGUACUUCACCCCAGGGCUUGGUGCCGGUGUGUACAUGUCCACCUUCAUGUGCAACUCGUGGCCGCGCAAGACGUUCCCACCCAUCUUUAUUGGGUCCAUCAUCGAGAUGGUCGGCAUCGCCUUGCUGGCAUGGGCUAUCUACACCGAGCACAACCCGACCGUUUACGGGAUGAUGGCGCUCACUGGUGUCGGGACCGGCCUUCGCGUCAUGCCCGGCACUCUUCACGGAAUCGGCUUCUUCCCCAAGAGCAUCGCGGCCGUGGUCUCUCUCAUGUCCGUCGCCUACCCCUUUGGCGGAACGUUCGGCUUGACUGUCAUGACGACCGUCUUUAACAACGUAUCGGGCAUCGGCAAUGACUCGCCCCUCCGGGACUUCACGACGCUCAAGAACCUGCCCGCGGCGACACAGCAGCAGGUCACUCACGAGGCGAAAAUGGGCGUCGUCUGGGCCUUUGUUGCCAUCUGCCCCUUCAUGGUUGUCUGCACUGUCGCUACCUCGUUACUUGGUAACAUAUCCAUCAGCAAGACCGACGAUGGUGAGGGCGGGGGAGAAAACAUCAUUUACGAGGGCGUAUACCUCCUCAGCUGGUUCCGGAAGCGUGAUGCCAUCAUGAACAUAACGACUCGGAAGCACCCUUCGGGAGGAGAAGCGACAAUGAGUGAUUCUUAGACCGUUUUCGAAUACUUGCUUCGUGGUGUAGUGUCAACAUAUCCUUGCGUUUUUCCCCGUAGGUUAUGGGAGCUGGACAGUCCUAGACGGCAGAUGAAUGGAUCACGGACCUUGAGAGUCAUGAAGAUUGAUACUGCUGUCGAUACUUGGACCAGGCAAUUGUUUGACCGGCAGUCCAUAAAAUGAUGUAGAACAUCAAUAGACCCGACACAACAACAAUAUGUCGUUGACUCUCUUCGAGGCCUGAAAACAAAGCCUCCCCUUCCGUGCUGUUGCUCAUCCGCAC